AUGGCCGUGUACUGCUAUGCGCUCAAUAGCUUGGUGAUGAUGAAUAGCAACAGCGAGGUGACAAGCGGAGGGAGCAAGACGCCGCCUCCUCCCGGACAAGUGCUGCCCAGGGGCCCGGAGACACCCGGCAGCUGCCGCCCGCUCCCUGCCUUCAGCCCGGCCCCUGUGCCACCCCGCUCCCCGCGCCGUGGCCCCGCUUUCCUCUUCCCGCCGCUCGAGGAGCCCCCGCGGCAGCCAGGCAGCCCCAGGGGUCGGCGGGGCAGCCGGGGCGAAGAGGGGCAGCCAGGACCCCCCACAGCGUGGCAACUUCAGCGGGAGCUGCACAACGUCCAGGUGAACCAGAAAGUGGGGCUCUUCGAGGCACACAUCCAGGCGCACAGCUCUGCCGCCCAGCCGCCGCGGAGCCCCCGGCCAUCCCGGUCCCGGCCCGCCAGCCCUGUGGCGCCGGUGGUGGGACUUGGAAGCGGACCCCGGCCGCGAGCCUACGGGGAGAGUGAGGCCCCCGAUGUUGCUGGGGUGCAGGUCUGGCCGAGCACUGCAGAGCCCCUGGGGAGGUCGGUGGUGAUGGUGGUCCCAGCUGUGGGGCUGGUGGAGGGCAGCAGCCCCCCCCCGGAGCCGUCAGGGCCUGCACCACGGCAAGGCGAGGUGGUGGUGGCCCCCACAGGACUUGAGGGCCAGUGCCCAGCCAUCGGCGGGAGCAUUCCCGCCGUCAUCGUCACGGACCUGGGGGGCCCGGAGGAGGAGGCGGGCGCCGUGCCCCCCGGCAGCCUGCCCGUCCGGAAGCUGUCAUCGUCCUCAGCCUCUUCCACUGGCUUCUCCUCAUCCUGGGAGGAGUCCGAGGAGGACAUCUCCAGCGACCCUGAGCGCACCCUGGACCAGACACCGGCCUUCCUGCAGACCCUGGACCAGCAGAAGCCCCGAGUGAGCAAAUCAUGGCGGAAGAUCAAGAAUAUGGUGCACUGGUCCCCAUUUGUGAUGUCUUUCAAGAAGAAGUACCCUUGGAUCCAGCUAGCGGGACAUGCAGGUAGUUUCAAGGCGGCAGCCAACGGCAGGAUACUGAAGAAGCACUGUGAAUCGGAGCAACGCUGCCUGGACCGCCUGAUGAACGAUGUCCUGAAGCCCUACGUUCCUGCCUACCACGGCGACGUCGUGAAAGACGGGGAGCGAUACAACCAGAUGGAAGAUCUGCUGGCUGAAUUUGACUCCCCCUGCGUUAUGGACUGCAAAAUGGGGGUCAGGACAUACUUGGAGGAGGAGCUGAUAAAGGCCAGGAAGAAGCCGAGCCUGAGGAAGGACAUGUACCAGAAGAUGAUCGAGGUGGACCCUGAUGCUCCCACUGAGGAAGAGAACGUGCUGCGGGCAGUAACCAAGCCCCGCUACAUGCAGUGGAGGGAGACCAUCAGCUCAACCGCCACGCUGGGCUUCAGGAUUGAGGGGAUAAAGAAAGAGGAUGGCACUGUGAACCGGGACUUCAAGAAGACACGGACAAAGGAACAAGUCACGGAGGCCUUCAGGGAGUUCACCAGAGGAAACCGCAACGUUUUGAACAGUUACCUUAACCGGUUGAAGGGUAUCCGCGCUACCCUGGAGACGUCCCCGUUCUUCAAGUGCCAUGAGGUAAUCGGGAGUUCCCUCCUCUUCAUUCAUGACAAGAAGGAACAGGCCAAAGUCUGGAUGAUUGACUUUGGGAAAACCACCCCACUGCCGGAGGGACAAGUUCUCCAGCACAACGUGCCCUGGGUGGAAGGGAACAGAGAGGACGGCUACCUCUGGGGGCUGGACAACCUCAUUCAGAUCCUGACAGAGUUGUCCCAGAGCGAAGACUUGCAUUAAAGCCGCGCGUCUGACUCUGCCACUACCCCCAACCUGCCCCCGACUGACUCUUCUGAACUGCACUACAAGACACUUUCCAGCCCUCGCCCUUCCCAUUUGAAAGCUAUACUCUCCCUAUU